AUGAUGUGGCUUCGCUACACAGUGGAUCUGGCCAUGGAUGUGCAGGCGAUGACGAUCUUCAUGCAGCACGAGGAGAUAGCCUUCUUUCUCCUCAAUCUGGCUGGCGUUUUCUUGGGCUUCUUCUGGACGGCCUACGAGUUCUACAUGGUCAUCUCGUCCGGCUCAAAAAUCGGGCGCGCCGAGAUCUUCUUUGCAGGGCUCACGCUGCCAGUUCUGGGUCAGCACGUCACCUACCUGGCCAUCCUCUCCCUCUUCAGGGGAGAGGUGCACCCGUUCCUCUUUGUGUCCACGCUUUCGGAGGCCAUUCUGGAGUCUUCCUUCUCCUCGUACAUCCAAACCUAUGCCGUCGUCUUCACCACCGAGAUGACCUGGACUCAGAAGAGCCAGCUCUACUUUUCUGUCUUCAUGUCCUUUGUCUCCAUCGGCUAUGCCUUUAGCACGAUCGACAUGCUCAAGAACGGUCGGAUGCUGGUGAAAAUUCCUGGCUUCUGCAAAAGCUUCGACGGCCGUUUCUUCACGGUCUUCUUCUUCCGUGUGGCCGAGAUCACUUCGCGUGCCACAUCACUGGCACUUUUCCAAGCCAUCACGCGGCCGUAUGGCAUGUUUGUGCUGAUCGCGGCGGAUGCCCUGAUCAUGGCCUCCCUCACGGUUUUGUUUCAAUCCCAGGUGGGAAAGUACACCCCCGUUGGCAGAAUAGCCUUUGUGCGCCAGAACUUCUUCUACGUGCUCCCCUCGGUCCUCUGCUGUCGAAUGGCGCCGAUGUUGGAGCAGGACACCGUUCUGACUAUUCCGCCAUGGGCGUACUAUGCCGUGAGGCUGCUGGAGAUCGGUGCGAUGUUUGCUGUUGGUGGCCGAUGGCUGGAUUGGGAUCUCGAGUCUGCGCAGAAUCUCUUUGAGGAUGACGGCCUUGUGAUUGCUGGGUUUCUGACCAGCACCUUGAUGAUGUUCUUGCUUGCCAUCGUCAUCAGGACUGUGCUGAGCGUCAGAACUUUGUUGGACUCCCCGGUCUCUGACAUCUGGAGCGGCGCUGAGUUCAACAAUGUUCAGCAUGCGCUGAAGAACCGGAUCCUCAAGGACCACGACACUGACAGGGACGCCCUAGGGCUCAUCAUGAGGAUCCUUGAGACAGAUCCUGGGAUGAGUAGCUCAGCCUGCCGAUGGCACGCGAAGGAAGCAGGUUUGGUGCAGCCCACUGCAGCUUGGGAGGCCAGCUUCCUGCGUGCCAAGGUGACGAUGUGCAUCGGACAGGCCCUGGCGGCCUUGGAGGGCUUCCGCAGCAGCCGGGGCGAAGCCCGGGCUCUCGAGAACGACUCCCUGGUGACGCUGCGCGCGCCCGCCGUCGGGAGCCUGACGGUGAGCGGUUCCAAGCUUCUUGGGAUGAUGCCCAACGACCUCUCGCUGCAGAAGUUUGUAGUGGAGACCGUAAGGAACGCUUCGGAGGCUAAUCGGCCUCUAUUCUCUGGUGAGCCCGUUCGGCUGCGAUGCUUAGCAACUGGACACCUCGUUGGGCUUGAGAGGUCUGCGGAGCAGCUUGAGCUGAAAUGCAAGAGCCAUUGGGAAUCGGAGGCGGCUACGCUGAUGUCAAUGGUCUUGGUGCACGAAGAUACCUACCGUUCCCCGCUGCGCUUCGCACAACAUGUGCGCGUGGGCAGUGGGUUAGAGGUCACCGAGCUGCGGCAG